UCACACUCAGCACAGUUCAUUCUAUAGUUGAGCAAGGACGUGAUGUGUAUUUAAAACAAAAAUAGAAUAUUGGAAUUAUUUGACCGUAUUGUCCAGUCUGAAUUUCAAUAGCAGAGUUACUUCAUCAGCAAAAAUAUUCUGGUAGAAUAAUAUGGUGUCGACGGAAUAUUCAGGUCAAUUCACAAGCCACUCUGUCUCUGUCAUUUGUACCGUCAUCUUCUUGCAGGUACUAAGUUAUGGAUUUUGCAGUGGAUCACAGCUUGAAGUCAGUGAAGGGCAGAAACUUCUGAAUAGCAUAGACAAAAAUGACGAACCACAAAAUCCCCCACUCCAAGCAUCAGAUUCACAAAAUCCUGUCUUUCAGACUCCUCCAUCUUGCCCAAACUUGAGAAAUCCAUUCAAAUUUUUCACAGAAAGAUCCUCACAACACCCAAAUGGGAAAGAUAACUCCUUAUCAGGUGAUACAGUAUUUGGAUCUCCGUUCUUCAGUUCUUCUCCAAUUUCAAAUUUUCUAAAAAAUGUUUACACAAAUGAUAGAGGAAGGGCUGGCCAAUCACCUUACAUAAAUCAGGCGUCGAAAAUGUGCUAUCAAUAUCAAAAACCGGGACAACCUCCAGUUAAAAUGGUAUGUUAUUAUAAUACCAAUAAUGGGCUUGGUAACUAUUACAUUUGCCGUGGAAAAGGAGCCGAAUCGAACAGAAACUCAUACUUCCAAUCACCCACAAACCCCCACAAUUCAUUAAAAAGUACAGUAAGUAAUCAAGAGUCAGUUGAAAAUAGUUGUUCCUUGAAUAAAAAUGUCACUUCUUGUCCCAAAACAAAAUUCCCAGGAGCAACUAGUCUAGGAAAGGAGGAUUUAUCUCUAAUCACUGAUACUUUAUCUCCUAUUUAUGACUGGGCGGAACAAAAACACCGAGAAGUAACUGAUAUUGAUCGUUAUGAAUGUCUAAUAAAUUUGAUUGAUAGACUGAAGUGCCGUAUAGCAGACGAAAAAAAUAAGUAUUUGGCUAGUUUAUCUAGCGAGUCUGAUAGCGAAACAGAGAAAUCAGUUAUCAAUAAGAGUCAAGAAGUUAACAAAAAGUUCCCAUCAAAAACCCUUGAUAACCAAAAUAUGGGUAGUUCUGUUAGAUUGGGAAGUUCCCCUGAAACUCAAACAUUGGUUGAAAGUAAUGAAGAGUCUAAAUUAUUUGUCCUGGAUCCUGUCCAAUGUGAAAUUUCUGAUGGAGAUUCCACUUGUUUGAAGAUAAUCAAGCGUCAUGUUUAUCCCACAAGAUGUGAUUGUGGCUAUCCAUUAAAAAAUAAUGGAAAAUGUCCAUGUGGUUCCUGGCCACCUAAUCAGAGGAGAUACUAUGGUCCAUAAAUUCAGCUUUAAAUUCUAUUUCCAUAGAUACGGUAUUUAAAAUAUUUCUCAUUUGUGAUGUAGACAGUAGUUUUGAUAUUUUGUUGAUAUAUUAAUCUAAGACUGAAUAAAAUAUGAAUUAAGUUUGUU